AUGACGACAAAGACACUGGAGAGCGAGAAAGCCACGAUUAGUGUGGCUGAUCUCAGUAAGCACAACACCAAGUCGGACUGCUGGAUAGCAGUGCAUUCCAAGGUCUGGGAUAUCACAGACUUCAUCAACGAGCAUCCGGGAGGUCCAUCAGUUCUUCUCAAAUGCGCCGGCUCAAAUGCCACCAAAAUAUUUGAUGAAGUCCAUGCGCCAGAUAUCCUUGAAGAGCUGCCGGACGAGAAAUUCAUCGGCAUACUGAAAGAUGCCACCCCAGAUGUGCCUGCAGCUGCAUCACAGCCAGAAACCAAGAAUGGGGCAGUAUCUGCACCGGCCGAGACUGCGCAAACAUCCUCUGCCGAAGAAGACACCAUACCGCCCCUAGAGGCCAUCAUCGGCGCCCCGGAUCUAGAGGUUGUAGCCUCCAAGGCCAUGACGCCAAAGACGUGGGCUUUCUACUCGUCUGCCGCCACCGAUCUGAUCACACACAAGAACAAUAAGCAGCUCGUCAGACGCAUCAUGAUCCGACCAAGGAUUCUGAGAAAUGUGUCGCACGUCGAUAUGAAGACGAAUAUCCUUGGACUUGAGAGCGCGGCUCCGUUCUUCAUCUCGCCUGCUGCCAUGGCGAAGCUCGUGCAUCCAGAUGGUGAGCUGGCUCUCAGCCGCGGCGCAGCAAACGAAGGCAUCAUUCAAUGUAUUUCGAGCAACGCAUCCUACACCCUCAAAUCCAUCGUGUCCGCCGCUCCGCCGACGCAACCUUUCUUCUUCCAGCUCUACAUCAACUCAGAACGUCACAAGACGAUCGAGAUCCUCCGAUCCGCGCGCGCACUCGGUAUCAAGGCUAUUUUCGUGACUGUCGAUGCUCCUGUCCCUGGGAAAAGAGAGGCAGACGAGCGUGCGGCCCAGGCGGGUACGAUCCGAGCUGCCAUCAGCGGCGCCGAAAGCAGCAAGGACAAGAAAGGCAGUGGGCUGGGACGCUUGAUGGCGCAGUACAUUGACAAGUCGAUCACUUGGGAGGACCUCACCUGGAUCAGAGAAGCAAGUGGGGUACCAAUCGUGCUCAAAGGCGUCCAAACUGCCGACGACGUCAGGUUAGCAGUCGAGUAUGGGGUUGAAGCAGUCUUCCUGAGCAACCAUGGCGGUCGAUCUCUCGAUGGGUCGCAAGCCUCGAUCCUAGUCCUGUUGGAGCUGCGAGAACAGUGUCCCGAGAUAUUCGAAAAGCUAGAGGUCUACAUCGACGGUGGCUUCGAGCGCGGCUCAGAUAUUCUCAAGGCUAUCGCUCUUGGGGCUACUGCUGUAGGUGUUGGAAGACCGUUCCUGUACUCACUCGUGUACGGCCAGGACGGCGUAGAGCACCUCUCUCAGAUCCUUAAAGACGAGUUGGAGACUUCGAUGAGACUGUGCGGCAUCACUAGCCUCAGCCAAGCUACGCCCGCGAUGGUGAAUACGCUGGAUAUUGACCACCUGGUGGUUUCCGAGGAUCGAGCCCGGCAAAAGAGGCCCUUGAGACGGCCACGAUCGAAGCUCUAG